GCAGCGGGGAGAAGAAAGGAUGCGCUUGCUCGCCUCUUGCUGGACGCGCAGAGGCGAAGGAGAAGAAGAAGAAGAAGAUGCUCUGACUUUGGACACUCCCCGCACCACUUUCUUUUUUUUCCCCCCCCACAUCCAAUUAAGGCAGGUGUAGCAUUAUCUUCUUUUUAAAGGAGCUGUCGGACUCUGACUCAGCAUCACACACACUCACACAUACACACACACACGCACGCACCUGGUCUUCACCCCCCCCCCCCCCCCACACCACCCCACUCCCACCCCCUCCUCCUCCAGGCAUCCUUUUUGAGAAGCAGCAAGGCGCGCAGCAGAGGGAGAGUGUGCGCAGCUCUCCCCGAGACAAUCAGCCUCCCUCUUUGAUGCAACUAAGGGGUGAGAGACUUGGAGCGACAAAUGUUGAACAUCACCCAGAGAAGCCCCACCAAAGGCACCACCGGUGUGAGGAGAAAGAAGCAUAGGGUGCAGGUGGGGGGGCUUGAACGGAGCAGGGCAUGUGGAUAUUGGCUUUUUACCUUGUUCCAGAGCAUCUUGAAUGUUUUCAGUGAGGACCAACAUUCCAGCCUGUACUUUGUCAAUGCAUCUCUGCAAGAGGUAAUAUUCGCCAGCACCACAGGGACCUCUGUGCCCUGUCCUGCUGGGGGCGCGCCCCCCGCCUCGCUGCGCUGGUAUCUGGCGACCGGCGAGGAGAUCUACGAUGUCCCGGGCAUCCGUCACGUCCACCCGAACGGAACCCUCCAGAUCUUCAACUUCCUGCCGUCCAGCUUCAGCAAGCUGAUCCAUGACAACACCUACUACUGCACUGCCGAAAACCCCACGGGCAAGAUCCGGAGUCAGGAUGUCCACAUUAAAGCCGUUUCGAGGGAACCCUACACAGUCCGAGUGGCUGACCAGAAGGCUAUGCGAGGCAGCGUAGCCGUCUUCAAGUGCAUUAUCCCUGCUUCUGUGGAGGCCUAUGUCAACGUUGUAUCAUGGGAGAAAGACACAAUUUCGCUCAACUCAGGACAAAGGCAUCUCAUCACGCCCACAGGAGUCUUGUACAUCCUGGACGUCCUGCCCGAGGACGGCUUGAACAACUACCGCUGCACCACGCGCCAUCGCUACACCGGCGAGACUCGCCAGAGCAACAGCGCCCGUCUCAUCGUGUCAGACCCCACCAAUGCCGAGCCAGGCAUCUUGGACGGCUUCGACCACCGCGAGGUGAUGAUUAAUCACCGGGUAGAGCUGCCAUGCAAGGCGUCGGGCUACCCGUUCCCCAAGUACCGCUGGCUCAAGGACAACAGCCCGCUGGAGCCCGACAGUCGCUUCCGCCAGACUCACAGCGGCUUGCUGAUCGAGAGCACGCAGCCCAGCGACUCUGGGACGUACGUCUGUGAGGUGUGGAACAGCUAUGGCAACGCCGAGGUCAUGGGGCACCUCCAUGUCAGACAGCCCCUGAAGGCGGUGGUCAGCCCCCGCAAGGUGAAAGGCAGCGUGGGCAGCAAGGUGUCUCUCUCCUGCAGCGUGAGCGGCUCGGACGAGUACGAGCUGUCGUGGUACCGCAACGGCGAGAUCAUCUACCCGGGCAACAACGUGCGUUUCACCGGCCUCAACCGGGAGAACCUGAUCAUGGAGGGAAUGUCCAAGAGCGACGGCGGGGCCUACCAGUGCUUCGCCAGGAAGGGCAAAAUAUCCGGUCAGGACUUUGUGCAAGUCAUCCUUGAAGACGGCACGCCGAAGAUCCUCUCGUCCUUCAGCGAGAAAGUGGUCAACCCCAGCGAGCCCGUCUUCCUGGCGUGCAACGUCAAGGGCACGCCGCCGCCGCGCUGCGUGUGGUCGCUGGACGAUGAGCCGGUCAUCAAGGACGGCCACCAUCACCUGGGACACUCCGACACGCACGAGGGCCACGUGGUCAGCCAGCUCAACGUGACGCACACGCAGGUGCAGGACGGCGGCGUGUACCGGUGCACGUGCAGCAACUCGGCCGGCCUCGUGUACCACCAGGCUCGAAUAAACGUAAGAGGCCGCGCCAGCAUCCGUGCCAUGAAAAAUGUCACCGCCAUCGCCGGACGGGACGCCUUUAUUCACUGCCGCGUCAUCGGCUACCCGUACUAUUCCAUCAAGUGGUACAAGAACUCCGCCUUGCUGCCCUUCAACCAUCGCCAGCGAGCCUUCGAGAACAACGGCACGCUCAGGCUCACCAACGUGCAGCAGGUGGAUGCCGGCGAGUAUAACUGCAAAGUAAUGGUGCAACCCAACAAGAUGGACUCCCAGAGUGUGCACCUCCGUGUGAGAGUCCCUCCCUACAUUCAGCCCUUCGAGUUCCAGCGAUUCACCAUCGGUCAGCGUGUCUUCAUCCCCUGCGUGGUCAUGUCGGGCGACCGGCCGCUGGACAUCACCUGGCAGAAAGACGGACGGCCCAUUCCGGUCAGCCUGGGCGUGACGGUGGAUAACAUCGACUUCACCAGCUCACUGAGAAUAUCCAACCUGACGCCCGACCACAACGGCAACUACACGUGCAUCGCUCGCAAUGAGGCGGCUGCUGUGGAGCACCAGAGUCAGCUGAUAGUGCGAGUUCCUCCUCAGUUUGUGGUCCAGCCCGAAGACCAAGAUGGGAUAUACGGGAAAACGGUCACUCUCAACUGCUCUGCUGAAGGAUACCCACCCCCCACCAUCGUAUGGGAACACUCCAAAGGUGCAGGCGUGCCGAUGUUUCAGCCCAUCCUGCUGAACAGCGGCUCUCGCAUCCAGCAGCUGAGUAACGGCUCUCUGCUGAUCAAACACGUGCUGGAGGACGACAACGGCUUUUACCUGUGCAAGGUCAGCAACGACGUGGGAGCCGAUGUCAGCAAGUCCAUGUACCUCACCGUCAAAAUCCCGGCCAUGAUCACGUCGUACCCCAACACCACGCUGGCUACGCAGGGCGAGGAGAAGAGGAUGAGUUGCAUAGCACACGGCGAGAAGCCCAUCAUGGUACGCUGGGAGAAGGAGGAGCGCAUCAUCAACCCUGAGACCAGCAGAUACGUGGUGACCGUCAAAGAAGUGGCCGACGAAGUCGUCUCCACGCUGGUGAUCAUGCCGACUGUACGCGAGGACUCCGGUUUCUUCUCCUGUCACGCCAUCAACUCCUUUGGGGAAGAUCGAGGAAUCAUACAGCUGACGGUGCAAGAGCCUCCAGACCCUCCUGAGGUGGAGAUCCGGGAGGUCAAGGACAGGACCAUCGCUCUCCGCUGGACCAUGGGCUUCGAUGGCAACAGCCCCAUCACAGGAUAUGACAUAGAGUGCAAGAACAAAUCAGCGUCGUGGAUGUCAGCACAGGUGACCAAAGACGUGUCGCCACAGCUCAACCAGGCUACCAUCAUCGACCUCCACCCUUCUUCCACCUACAACAUUCGCAUGGUGGCCAAGAACAUCAUUGGCAACAGUAACCCCAGCAACGAGCUCACCAUCACCACCGACGAAGCUGCCCCAGACGGUCCUCCACAAGAUGUCACUCUGGAGCCCACGUCCCCUCAGAGCAUUAAGGUGUCCUGGAAGCCCCCCCACAGGCACCUGCAAAACGGCGUGAUUCGAGGCUACCAGGUGGGCUACAGGGAGUACAGUCCCGGGGGAAACCACCAGUUUACCAUCAUCAGCGUAGACACGACAGGAGACACCACAGAGAACAUCGUGCUGGACGACCUGAAGAAGUUCACCCAGUACAGCGUGGUCGUUCAGGCUGCGAACAGAGCCGGGACCGGACCGUCCUCGCAGCAGGUGGUCACCAAGACUCUGGAGGAUGUCCCUUCGCGGCCUCCUGAGAACGUGCUGGCCGUGGCCAAGUCUCCAGAGGUGAUUUCUCUGUCCUGGAUCCCGCUGCCUAGAGAAGCCCUAAAUGGCAACCUGCAGGGCUACAGGGUCAUCUACUGGGCCAACCUGCCUGAUGGAGAACUGGGCGAAAUUCGUAACGUCACCACGAUUCAGCCAUCUUUGGAAUUGGAUGGUCUAGAGAAGUACACCAACUACAGCAUCCAGGUGUUAGCCUUCACCAAUGCAGGAGACGGUGUCCGGAGUGAGCAGAUCUAUGUGCGCACCAAAGAGGAUGUUCCCGGGCCUCCUGCAGGUGUGAAGGCGGCAGCCUCUAGCAGCUCCGUGGUGUUUGUCUCCUGGCUGCCUCCUCUCAAGCUCAACGGCAUCAUCAGGAAAUACAUCGUCUUCUGCUCGAACCUGCACCCGAUGGUAAUAGUGAUGAGUGAGUUUGAGGCCUCCCCUGACGCCUACUUCUACAGGAUCCCCAACCAGGCUCGCAACCGGCAGUACAGCAUCUGGGUGGUGGCUGUGACUGCCGCAGGUCACGGCAACAACAGUGACAAAAUCACGGUGGAGCCUCUGGCUGAAGCUCCAGCCAGGAUUCUAACCUUCAACGGCACGGUGACCACGCCUUGGAUGAAGGAUAUUGUUCUACCCUGCAAAGCCGUAGGAGACCCUCCUCCCACCAUCAAGUGGCUAAAGGGGAACACCAACGGUACGCCCACUCCCGUCCUGGUAGACGGCCGGCGAAGCGUCCACAGCAACGGCAGCUUCAUCAUCCGCACUGUGAAAGCCGAGGAUUCUGGGAACUACAGCUGCGUGGCCAGCAACAACUGGGGCUCGGAUGAGAUCACGCUUAACCUGCAGGUUCAAGUGCCUCCUGAUCAGCCUCGCCUCACAGUGACCAAGACCACCACCACGUCCAUCACGUUGUCAUGGAUACCAGGAGACAAUGGCGGGAGCUCCAUCAGAGGCUACAUCCUGCAGUACUCAGAGGACAACAGUGAGCAGUGGGGUAGUUUCCCCAUCAGCCCCAGCGAACGAUCGUACCGUCUUGAAAACCUCAAGUGUGGCACCUGGUACAAAUUCACCUUGACGGCCCAGAAUGCAGUGGGGCCGGGGCGGAUCAGUGAGAUCAUCGAAGCUAAAACCCAUGGGAAAGAGCCUCAGUUUGCCAAAGAGCACGAACUCUUCACCAGCAUCAACUUCACGCGAGCGAGGCUCAACCUGGUCGGCUGGAACAACGGCGGCUGUCCGAUCACCUCCUUCAUACUGGAGUACAAGGCCGUGGACUCGGCCACCUGGACCACCGCCCAGCGGCCGACGCUGACCAAGACGUACGUCCUCUACGAUCUGCAGGAGGCCACCUGGUACGACUUGCAGAUGAAGGUCGUCAACAGUGCUGGCUCAGCAGAAAAGAAGAUUACCUUCGCCACGCUCAAUGCGGACGGAAGUACCAUUCCCCCUCUGCUGAAGACCGGCGAGCCAAUUUCGGACAACAUGUCAGGCAGUGGCGGUCUGAAGAUGGUGGUGACCAUCACGUCCAUCCUCGUGGUGGCUGUGCUGGUUUUUAUCAUGCUUAUGGUGCUGAAGCGGAGACGCAGGGAGCAGAGGCUCAAAAGACUAAGAGAUGCCAAAAGCCUGGCAGAAAUGCUCAUGAGUAAAAACACUCGGACGCCAGAAAAUGUGAACAAGCAGCAACAGACCCUCAGAAUGCACAUCGACAUUCCCAGAGCGCAGCUACUGAUCGAGGAGAGGGACACCAUGGAGACAAUCGACGACCGGUCCACAGUACUCCUGACAGAUAACGACUUUGGGGACACAAACAAGCAGAAGUCCUCCACAGUCACGCACACGGUCCACUACCAGUCCCUGUCCCAGGCCACUGGACCACUGGUGGACGUGUCCGAUGCCAGGCCCGGAACCAGUGAGUCCCACCAUUACCCUACUGCCAGACGCACUGCCAAAGCCGGCCCUGCCGCCGCACGAAGCCGUUACGCAAGCCAGUGGACUCUUAACAGGCCACACCCCACCAGCUCCUCCCACACGCUGACCACAGACUGGAGGCUGCCCACGCCGCGCGCCACUGGCUCUGUGGACAAGGAGAGCGACAGCUACAGUGUCAGCCCCUCACAGGACACAGAUCGAGCGCGAAGCAGCAUGGUGUCGACCGAGAGCGCCUCCUCCACCUACGAGGAGCUGGCCAGGGCCUACGAGCACGCCAAGAUGGAGGAGCAGCUCCGCCACGCAAAGUUCACCAUCACCGAGUGUUUUAUCUCGGACACGUCGUCGGAGCAGAUGACGGCGGGGACCAACGACUACACCGACAGCCUGACCUCCAGCACGCCGUCCGAGUCGGGCAUCUGCCGCUUCACCGCUUCGCCACCCAAACCUCAGGACGUCAGCCGGGUUAUGAACAUGGCCGCGCCAAAGGCUCACAGACCUGGAGGGGAGCUGGUCCACCUGCCGCCUUACCUGCGCAUGGACUUCCUUUUGAAUCGCGGCGUGCCCCGAGGCGGGGGGGCGAGUAGCGUCGGCGCCGGAGUGAACGCCGGUGCUACGGGAGAAACAAGAGGCGGAGCCAUGGGCCAGACCUGCCUGGAGCCACAGAGGAGCCGCACCCUGAAGAGGCCCCCGCCGAUGGAGCCCACCCCCAUGGAGGUGCCCUCACCCAGGGAGGUGCAGCAGUGGCAGCCCGGAACGGCGUCCACCCUCCCGCACAGGGAUGGCCGUGAGCGGGGCGAGGCUCGAGGGGAGGUCCGAGCGGAGGCGGCCCCGCCCACCGGGGACCUGGCCCAAGCGCAGGCUGCGAAGCUGAGCACCUCCCAGGAGUCCCUGCUGGACUCCAGAGGACACCUGAAGCAAAGCAACAACCCGUACGCCAAGUCGUACACGCUGGUAUAACGCUGGCACACCGCCGGCGUGACGCGCCGCUGGACCAUGGAUACUUUUCCACGCUUGUACAUAAAGACCUUUCUGACAUGGUGAUGCUUUUCUCGCUCGCUCUCACUCUGUCCGCCUUUCUUUCCGCCAUUUCUUUCCUCUUCUGUGUUUUUCUUUUUUUUUUUCUUCUCUCACAGUUUUUAUUUUCUACUCGAACUUUCUUUUAUUCCGAACAUACAAGGAUUGCCAAAAUGAUUUAUUUAAUAAUUGCAAAAGAAGUUUAAAAAAAAAAUAAAUAAAUAGAAACCUAUUGAAUUUAUAUCAAUUAUAGUCAUUAUUAUGAUUGUUAUAUAAAAAAAGAAAAUAUUUUUAAAAAAUGACAAAGUGUAAUGGAGGAAGUAUCUAAAGGAUUUCAUGGUUUAUUUUCAUUGUUUGACUAAAAACCCCAGGAGGUUUUUUAGCAAAGUGACGCCGACGCCGAUCAACCGACUGCAUGGCGGGGGAAUCACAAGAGAGGUCCUUUUUUUUUUUUGUCACUAUGAAAAAAAAUAAUUAUACAAUGUGAAUAUAUAUAAAGAGAUCACUUUUAUUUGUGGAUAUUACGGGGAAAAUGAUUUGGUUAAUAAAGUCCUUAGUCAUGUUUGCACA